AUGGUCCGUAUAUUAUUAGUUAUUAUGGGCUUUCUCACUCAUAUUACUAUAACAAAAGCCUGCGGGGGUUAUUAUCAGUGCAAGAACUCGAACGGAUCUCACUGCUGUGUAAUGCCGGCUAAACAUUACACACCACUUAGCUGCCCCUCUGACUGCACUGGCGGUACUGCAUGGCCGGCCGAGUGUAUUGGUACACUUGAUGGCAGCAAGCGCCAUCAGUAUAUUAUCCUUAUGAAAAAAUCCUUUUGA